CACCAUGCACAGCUCCUACAAUCUCCUGGCACUUCUGCCGCCACUGCUGCUACUGCUGGUGGCCGCCACAGGCCCUGCUGGGGCCCUCACAGAUGAUGAGAAGCACGUGAUGGUGGAGCUGCACAACCGCUACCGUGCCCAGGCAUCCCCAUCGGCGGCCAACAUGCUGCAAAUGAGGUGGGAUGAGUCCCUGGCUGCCUUCGCUAAGGCCUAUGCGGAGCAGUGCGUGUGGGGCCACAACAAGGAGCGUGGACGGCGAGGUGAGAACCUGUUUGCCAUCACUGACAAGGGUGUGGAUGUGCCUUUGGCCGUGGAAGAAUGGCACCAGGAGCGCCAACACUACAACCUCAGCGCAGCCACCUGCGAACCUGGCCAGAUGUGUGGCCACUACACACAGGUGGUCUGGGCUAAGACGGAGAGGAUUGGCUGUGGCUCCCACUUCUGUGAAACGCUCCAGGGCGUUGAAGAAACCAAUAUCCACUUGCUGGUUUGCAAUUACGAGCCCCCAGGGAACGUGAAGGGGCAGAGGCCCUACCUGGAGGGAACUCCGUGCUCCCAAUGUCCCUCCGGUUACCGCUGCGAGAACUCACUCUGUGAACCCAUCAAAGGUACAGAAGAGACUCAGAAUUUGCCCUACCUGGUAAAUGAGGUCCUACCGUCCCUGGCAACUGAGGCCUCCACCUCUAGGAAACCUGGUAUCCCUUCUUCCCUAGCAACAGAAACGCCAUCCUUGGUGACAGAGGUUUCAGAUUCCCUGGCAACCAAGACUCUACCUGCCAUAGAAACUAAGGCCCCAAUUUCCAUAGCAACAGAAGAUCUCCCCUCCAUGGCAACAGAGGCACCACCUUCCUUAACAACUGAGGUCCCUUCCUUUUUGGCAACGCACAGCCUGCUCUCCUCGGAUGAGGGGCCAGCUACCCUCCCCAGAUCAACCCAUGAUCCUGUUCCUGAAUCGACAGACAAAGAGGCCAGGGGGACAAAAACACCCUCCAAAAGCACAGAGAGUUCUUUGCUCCCCAAGACGUCCUUGAUUGGGACACAGGAGCCACUUCCCCACUCCCAGGAGGCAUUGGAGGCUGAGUUGCCUUCUUCCAGUGAGGUCAUGGCCUCAGAUUUUGCAGCCCAGGGCAAGCCAGGUGAGAUGCAAGCCACUCAGGACCACAUGGAACAGACCUCCUCUCAGUCCCUGUCCAACUCCCUUAAUACCUCUGCCAUCACUAAUGCCAAGGGUGGGCAUACCCUGGCCCUGCAGUCAUCUUUGCCAGGUGCAGAGGGCCCUGAAAGGCCUGCUCUCAAGUCAGGGCUGAACUCGGGACCUGGUCACAUCUGGGGCCUCCUCCUGGGUCUGCUGCUAUUGCCCCUGUUGGUGUUGGGUGGAAUUUUCUGAAGGGGUCACCAUUCAAAGGCAAGGCCUAGUGGGGUGACAUGCCUGCUCCAAAUUGUCUUUUUUCAAGUAAGAGGCCAAGUUUCCCGGGAAGCUCCUCCUCUGUGACCCAACAACUCACGUUCACCUGUUUCUGGCCAGACUCAAGAUCAGUGGCCUUGUGCCCUCAGCAGGUCUUUAUAGGACCAAACUGUGGCACUGUCCCAGGAGUGCUUCUGCCUCUGAGGAGGUUCAUCUCUCAGCUAGCUGCAGAUUAUUCUGAGCAGUAUGCUUGUGGUCAUGUGUGCCCUUUUCCCAGUUAACCUACAGCAAUGACCCUGCCUGGCCAAAGACAGAGGAACUCAGGGCUUUUCAGGAAACCCUCCCUGUCCCCUGGCCUCUUCCUGAGGCAGCUGAAUCCUGGGCUGUUCUAGGAGUGCCUCCUGCCUUCCCUGGGUGAAGAGGUCAGCUGCUGUCCUGCCAUCGCCUUUACCCUGUCCCCAGCUCUUCAGACAAGAUACUUCUUGGCUGAGGGCCCUUUGGGAGGGAAUAGCAGCAGGCAUGUGCCUCACAGACAUCUCAGUGCACUAGCCUUGGCUGCUGCAAGCUCUGGUUGUUGCCCAAUGACUGCAUGCCUGGCCCAGGCCCCGCCCAUCUCUGUGCUGUGGGGGGAGGGGGGAUACUCGGGGAUGCUGGGGACACCCAUGUCUGCCUGGCCUGGGGCUAUCUGCCUGCCAGGCAGAGGGCUCUCCCCUGGGAAGGGAAUUAGUGAGGGGUCAAAGGACAAGCCUCACCUGAGUGGGGUUCUAAAGAGAAGGCCCAUAGGAGCCAGGGGUGGGAAGCAACUCCUGACUCCUGAAUAAAUGCCUCUGUAAGAGUA